GGUAUGGCGUCAUGGAGGCUUCCCCAGGGACGCGCGGUGGGUUCGGUGCGAUGGCUGCCAUCGUCGGCGGCGGCCUGGGACCGAAUGCUGGUGUCAACCCUGUUUGAUCCAGAGACAGGCAAGCCUAGCCUAGAGCUUAAUGCCCUGGGCAGCAAAGAUUCCACCGAGGGAAGGCCAUGGCUGGAUUUGCGAGGCGAGUGGGAGCUGCCCGGACGAGUCUCGGCCCUCGCCACCGCUGCAUUGCAAGGGGAGAAUUUCCUUGCGGUGGCGGGCAGCAUCGAGGGGUCCGUGACAGUGGUACCAGUGGAUGCCGUGCAAGUGACUACGUCGGAGCUUCUAGACAAGGAGCCUCUCGUUCUUUCCGGUUUGCACGAGGCUAGCGUCUGCGCUGUGGACGUCCUGGACGAUUCCGGGGACUGCUUGGCCGUGGGGGAGGAUGGAAAGAUUAGCGUAGUGAAAAUCUCCGAGUCCGAGCUUCUUCCCAAGCGUGUUCACGACAGUCAUGGCCAUAUCUCCUUCUCUGCCGCGCAUUGGGCUUCGUCUAUGGAGUUCGUGACCGCCGGAGUGGGAGCUCCAUUGCAGUGGUGGGAUCUUCGUAAACCGGGUGGACCUGUCUCGCAAUGCCGCUUGAAAUGGGACGGUUCUUCACCGGGAUUCGUUCACUCUCUGGACGUCCAUCCCUCUCGGAAGCAUCUCUGCGUGGUCGGAGGCUCUGGAGGAUCCAUCUUCGCUUGGGACCUUCGAUGGCAAAGAGAUGCCGUGAAGCUAGCGGGUGUUUCUGCGAGUAAAUCGGCGAUUGUAGAGAGCGAGGUCUGGGAAGUCAAGUACGACCAUGCGUCUACGAUUUCGUCUUCGUCGGACUCUGGCAAGGUCCCUCCAGUUAUGUUUUGCUCGGAAGAUGGUGUUCUAGCCACCAUUGAAGGAGGCAAUGUUACCGAGCUUCUCGCGGAGCCUUGCGCCAUCAAUUCUUUCGAUGUUGAUUGCGAGAAUGGAAAGGACAUUGUGUGUGGCUUGGAACAUGAAAGCAUUCUUUUUUUGAAGAGACGAAUAUGAGAAUCAAUACCGAUGAAGUUCUUCAUGUAGCUCUAAACAACAAAUAUUCCUUUAAUAAGAUACAUUACCUUUUAUUUAAAAGGUAUAUUAACUGAUUAAA